GGUGAGGCAACGUCUUUGGCACCUGUUGCCAUGACUCCUCCUCGGUCUCCCUUGCCGGAGGGCAGGAGGCUGGCUCGGGGCGGGCCUUCGCCGAGCCUCCGCCCUCUCAGCCUGCGCUGGGCGCGGGCUGCGCGGUGGUUCACUGAGGGGCAGUCGGAACCGCGGGAAGGGCACCCUGAGGGAGAGGGGGACGCCUGGCCCUGGGGCAGGGUAAGUGACUAGCUGCCCUUCGUUGUCAGCCAGGGCCGAGGACACAGCCACGCGCCCGCCGGUCUGCCCACGGUCUCUCGGCGGCGGAGAUGUCUGCUGCCAGCGCCCGAGGCCUGCGGGCCACCUACCACCGGCUCCUCGACAAAGUGGAGCUGAUGCUGCCUGAAAAACUGAGGCCGUUGUACAACCACCCUGCAGGCCCCAAAACAGUUUUUUUCUGGGCUCCAGUUAUGAAAUGGGGGUUGGUGUGUGCUGGAUUGGCUGACAUGGCCAGACCUGCAGAAAAACUCAGCACAGCUCAAUCUGCUGUUUUAAUGGCUACAGGGUUUAUUUGGUCAAGAUACUCACUUGUAAUUAUUCCAAAAAAUUGGAGUCUGUUUGCUGUUAAUUUCUUUGUGGGGACAGCAGGAGCCUCUCAGCUUUUUCGAAUUUGGAGAUAUAACCAAGAAUUAAAAGCUAAAGCAAACAAAUGAAAGAGUUCCUGAUGUGCUGAACACUCUAGAUGUGAACAUAACCACUGGGACCUAGUUUAUUGUUUGAUUCUGGAUAAGGCAAUGUUAACUAGGCUGACACUUGGAAGGCACAAAAAAAUCUAACUGUGCUUUUCAACAUAAAAAUAAAGCAAACUUUUAAUAACA